AUGCGACCUGAGCAAGCUGCAGCAGCAAGCGAGGCACGUCCGAACGGUCUACCUCAACAAAACCAAGAACCAGCAAACGGUGCUUCGAGGAAACCUCGCCCAAAACGACCCAACUAUAAUGAGAUACAUGCGAAGCCUCUACCAUUGGACGUAUAUGCACUGCCUGCCUUCGUUCCGCACAAUCCGAUUUCUGUCUUGCGACUAGUCAUCAGUCUAAUCUCACAGUCGCUGUGGCCGCCACAGUCACAUCACGUCGUACAUAAAGCAUACUACUCUGUAGAGACCCAAUCAAUACACGUCACGGAUCCAGCCUCUAUUCGAGCUCUUUGGGAGCAGGGCUUCUGGGGUAAGGGGUCCCUCAGUCGAAGUGAGCCGCAAUGGCUCGUCGCUGAAAAGCGAAGGCGAGGUGCACAGGCGUCGAAGACAAGCACCGAGGUGACACAAUCAAGGCGAGAAGAGCGGAGGCAGUUCAAACUAGAGAGAGCCAAGGCACAACGCGAAGCUAUUGAGCAACAACUACGACAAGAAGGCAAGAUUGUAUCAGAUGCCAACAUCGAUAAGCUUGUAGGUAGUGAUGCCAAGGAUACCAGCAAGCCAGAAGAGGUUGCGGGGACUUCCACGAUCAAUAAAGCCACAGAUGGCACCGUUGCACAGGCCGACACUGAAGCCGGCCCGGAACUUGAUGUUCCUGAUCUUGAACAUCUCCAGCUCACGCCCGAGGAAGCCUUCUUCCUUACAUACGUCCUCGGUGCUCUAGAAGUCAUCAACGCAGACGCCCAGACGUCGUCGGCCGAUUUGCAACACUACCCUACAUGGUAUCUGUUGCGCUUAUACUGCUCGUAUGCGUUGAGUCCCAGCGAAUCCAUUGAUCUAGAAAGAACGUUGACUCAUCUUCGUACUGCGUACAGCAUGAGCAACGGUGCCACGCGCAUGGAUCCCGCUAUGUCGUGCAUUCCUUCUAUUGCGCCCGACAACCCUUUCCUGAUGAAGUACGUUGUCUUCCAUCACUUCCGCUCCCUAGGAUGGGUAGUUCGGCCUGGCGUCAAGUUCGCCGUCGACUACCUACUCUACAUCCGAGGGCCUGCCUUCACACACGCAGAGUUUGCAAUCAUGAUCAUCCCUUCUUACUCGGCUCCCUAUUGGAAUGAGCAAGCAGAUGGUCAAAGCCAAGUCAGAGCUGCGGAAAAAGAGCGCCGGGAUUGGUGGUGGUUCCACCGGGUGAACCGAGUGCAAACACAGGUCAUGAAGACACUGAUGCUUGUCUACGUUGAGGUACCAGAGCCGUGGGAUACAAGCUGUGUAGAACUUGACGGGUUCAGGCUCGACAUCGGCAGUGUUCUGAAGAAGUACACAGUUCGAGAAUUUGUCUUCAAAAGGUGGAGUCCGAGCCGAAACAGAGAUUAG